AUGACUACCGAAACAAAAAAAAGAAUAAACUAUUUUUAUGAUUAUGAUAUCAUUGGGUUUGAUCAUGGUUCAAAUCAUCCGAUGAAAACAUUAAGAGUACGGAUGACUCAUGAUCUAGUUAUGAAAUAUGGAUUGUGCAAGAAAAUGGAAAUCUUUAGACCUAGACCAAGUACAUUUGAUGAAUUAACACAAUUUCACACAGAUGAUUAUAUAAAUUUUUUGGAAAAAAUUACACCAGAUAAUAAGGACUAUUUUUUUAAAGAAUGUACUAAAUUCAACGUUGGUGAAGAUUGUCCAGUGUUUAUGGGAUUACUUGAUUAUUGUAAAAUAGCAACAGGAGGAUCUUUAGAGGGUGCAGCAAGGUUAAAUUAUGGAUUAUGUGAUAUAGCUGUUAAUUGGGCAGGAGGAUUACAUCAUGCAAAAAAACAAGAAGCUAGUGGUUUUUGUUAUGUUAAUGAUAUAGUUAUCUCUAUUUUAGAAUUAUUACGGUUUCAUCAACGUGUACUCUAUAUAGAUAUUGACAUUCAUCAUGGAGAUGGUGUAGAAGAGGCAUUUUAUAAAACAGAUCGAGUGAUGACGCUGAGUUUUCAUAAUUAUGGAGAAUUUUUUCCAGGAACCGGAGAUGUCAAUGAUGUUGGUAUUGGCAAAGGAAAAUAUUACGCAGUAAAUUUCCCUUUAAGAGAAGGGGUUGAUGAUGAAACAUAUAAAUUUGUGUUUGAGCCGGUUGUGGAAUAUGUAAUUGGAUGGUAUCAACCUUCAGUAAUUGUUUUACAAUGUGGAGCCGAUUCAUUAAGUGGUGAUCGGCUUGGUUGUUUCAAUUUAUCAUCCAAAGGGCAUGCACAUUGUGUACGAUUUGUAAAAAAGUUCAAUAUACCGAUGCUAAUAUUAGGAGGAGGUGGUUAUACUAUACGUAAUGUGUCUAGAGCUUGGGCAUAUGAAACUGGAGUGGUAGUUGGACAAGAAAUUGGACCAGAUAGAUCACGGCAUACACCUAGUGUACCAUUACAAGAAAUACCAGGGGGGAAGUUUUCAUAUGAAGAUUCUGAUAAAGAUGAUCCAGACAAAAGAAAAUCAAGGAGAUUACGAGAUAAAUUGAUUAUACCGGAUAAUGAAUAUGAAGAGUCAUCAGACGACGAAUUGUAUGAUUGUGAAUCUUCUGUUAAAUUAGGCCCAUCUAAAUAUGUACGUUCUUAUCGUCAUAAACUUACCAAAAAAUCACCAGCAAACCCCACAUUCUUAGAAAAAUGCAUUCAUUACAAAAAUUCAAUAUUUUGUUGA